AUGGGUAGUUCUUCUUCAAAUGAAAUUAGAGUUACUGUUCAAUCUUAUUAAAAGUGCAUAGCUGUUUAGGAUUAUCUAGAUAAUUUUGACAAUUAAUAUUCUAGGCAGACUAAACCUCAAAAGUAAUCUAAUGAAAUUCAAAGUUCAAAUUAAUCAUAAUCAAUCUAAUAAACAAAAAAAUAACAAGAACCAAUAAAAUAAAUUCAAUAACACUAAAAUUAAACAAAAUAAAAUUUAAAAUUAGCUGAUUGGGUUUGGCCUAAUGGUAUAAUACCAUAUAUUAUUGAUGAAUCUUUUACAUUUCAGAUGAGAUAAACUUUAAAAUUAGCAAUCUCAGAAUUUUAAGAGAAAACACCUAUUCAAUUUGUAUAAAUAAGCGAUGAUCAAUAAUAUAAUCAAUAUGUUAAAUAUUAUAGAAAUGAAAAAGUUUCAAGUUAUGUUCGUUGGAUUGGUAGAUCAUUAACAUAAAAAGAGCAUGCUAUAUUCAUAAAUGAUAAAUUUCCUUAUGGGACAUAUCUUCAUGAAACUAUGCAUGUUUUAGGUUUUGAACAUGAAUGAUGUAGAUAAGAUAGAGAUAAUUAUGUGUCAGUAUAGUUUGAAGAAAAAGAUUCUAAAAAUUUAAAAUAUUAAUAUGAGAAGAAAGGAUUUAUGAUUGGUGAAUAUGAUCCUGAUUCUAUUAUGCAUUAUUCUUUAAAUAGAAAUAUGACUUCUAAAGGUUAAUUUAAUAAUUUAUAAUUUGGUUAAAGAAAAUAAUUAAGUGAAGGAGAUAUUAAAGGUAUUUAAUUGGUAUAUGGAAAAAGUUAAUGUACUUAUGAUACAUAUGGUGAUAAAUAUAUGGAAUAAGAUUUUUUUGAAUGUAUUACAUGUUGGGGAUAGGAUUCAGUAUUUGGAGCUUGUAGGGCUUGUGGUAUUACAUGUCAUUAAGGACAUGAAUUGAUAUUAAAAAAAUCAAAAUCCUUUUAUUGUGAUUGUGGUAAAUAUAAUCACAAAAGUAGCUUAUGUACAAGACAAACUACAAAAUUUAAAAGGGUAUAAUAAUCAAUGUAUUUAUGUUAUGAUUGUUUUGAUAUAGAGAAAUAUCAAUAAACACAUGAUGGUGCUAUUCCAGGAGUUUGCUAUCCUUGUGCUAAGAAAUGUCAUAAAUAACAUAAACUAAAAUUUUAUUAGGUGGCCAAAAAUUUUUAUUGUGAUUGUGGUUUAAAAGAUUGUAAAACAAAAUGCACUGCAAAAUGA